CUGGCUGCUCAAGUGGAAGUUAUCUGGACUACUUUAGGGCAAGUUCUUAUAGCACAUUCAACUACUCGUUAAUGGUUUUCCUUUUUCCAGCCAUCUCCACCCCUAGGUGGUUUGAACUUUGAGCUUCCGUAGUCCUGAUGAACAGUUUCAUUUUCCUCAAGCUUAUGACACUCGGAACUUCGAGAAUUGGAGGUCUAUGCAAUUUGAGACCGGCCAGCACUUUUCAAAAUUCAGAGUACUGAGAGACAGAGAUUAAAAUGGCUUCCAGAGGAAAGACAGAGACAAGCAAAUUAAAGCAGAAUUUAGAAGAACAGUUGGAUAGACUAAUGCAGCAAUUACAAGAUCUGGAGGAAUGCAGAGAAGAACUUGAUACAGAUGAAUAUGAAGAAACCAAAAAGGAAACACUAGAGCAACUAAGUGAAUUUAAUGAUUCACUGAAGAAAAUUAUGUCUGGAAACAUGACUUUGGUAGAUGAACUAAGUGGAAUGCAGCUGGCUAUUCAGGCAGCUAUCAGCCAGGCCUUUAAAACCCCAGAGGUCAUCAGAUUGUUUGCAAAGAAACAACCAGGUCAGCUUCGGACAAGAUUAGCAGAGGCUCUGGAGACAAAGUCCUUGCUCUGGCAAGUUUUGAGUUUGAAAAAGUCAAAAAAUGACAUGAUAUGGAAGCUUGAGACACUGACUUCUUUCUUACUGUAAAUGGCGUUUUUCUUCUGGGGAUUUUCAGUUGUUGCAAAGAAAUGAAGAGAUUCUCAAAAUGCAUUGAUAACCUAAGAAAAGAUGACAUAAAAAUAUACACUUGUGGCUUGUGUUGAUGCUUUAUGUAGGGCUACUUGAUUGAUCCUGGACUUGUUGGGACAGAGGGACUCACUGGACUUUAUUCAUUAUGAUUUGUCUAUUUAAGAGAGAAAACAGUUGACUCUUCCUGUCUGUUUUUAUUAAGACUGUUUGUUUUUAAGUGCUGAUAGUGAAUGAAAAGAUGUGAACUAAUGAUUCUUUUUGGCUUACAACUUAUCCCCCCUCCCUGGUGUGAACAGUGAAGCAAAAUCAAUAGACUUCAUAUGUGUUCAUAGGAUUUCAGAGUUCUCAAUGAUUGGAAAAACCAUUUCCCUUUUACACACAAGGAAACUGAGGCUCAGAAAGAGCAAGUGACUUGCUUAAAGUCAUUUUACAAAGCUGGGGGUAAACUCGGGUUUCCUGACUCCCAGUUUAGUAUCUGUGGUGUCGUCUUUCUGUACUGUUUUUUGGGGGGGUUUUGUUUUGUUUUUUUAGGUAACAUUAUUUGUGCCAGUCAGUGCUUUUGAAAAUUCAAUGUCUCAACAAAAAGUUGACUGCACUGAGGGCCCAUCCCCCAGCCAGUGAGCUCUGUGUGAAUGGGGCCCAUUGUAUCUCUGGAUUUUGAGCUUGGAACAAUGGGAGCCCUGUUGAGAGUCUCCUAAAGUAACUUGGCCUCCUGCGUUGUUUCACCAGGGAAGCAACAGGACAUGGCAGCUAGAGGCCUUCCUUGUGAGUGACCUCUUGCCAAACUUGGAGGGUGGCAACUGUAAGCUACGCACUACUCUUCAGUUUGGGGAGAAACACAAAAUGAGUUACGAGGAAAAGCAAGUUUCUCUCCUGAGUGUUUACACAUCUCUCUGCAUGCUCAAAUAUGUAGGUAUGUCCAUAUGCAUGUGCAUUAGCCUAGGUCCUAGGCUCUGGCCAUUUUAUAUUCUUUCAUGUGUUUCUCAGUAUUCUUUUUCUUUGCACUUUAUACAAUUUAUAAACAUUUUUAAAGCUU